CAUUCAGCAACAAGUUUUUACCAAAGCAGCAACCAGCCGCCGGUGCGUUGGAUGUGCGUUUUUGACCGGUGCACCAAAGGAGAAAGCUGCACGACGGAAGGAAGAGGUGCUCACGCACAAUAGCGGAAGCUAAUCUCAACGACCGUAUUUGUCAAGUCGACUCAGUUUUCACAACGCUUCUACGACAAUUAACGAAUGCUUUAGAUCCGCUACAAUAAUGCACCUGCCGCGGACAUUCUUGCUCUUUGGUUGCUGCUUUCUGGCAUUUGCACUUGUGACCGGUCAAGAACCACUCUUCGAACUUCCGGUGCAGUUGAUCGGAUUUCCGAUAAUUAUAGCAAGCGUAAGAAUCGCCACCUUUCUCAAGAAGCUCGCUUACGCUUUGAGUCCAGAUACUUACGUCAGUCGAGUGAAACGAGCGGAACCUUUGAUACACGACGAAGAGAUUUUAGACGUUGGCCAAGUCGAAAAGAAGCUAGUAGCUGAGCUCGGAAAUAACGUUUGCAUCUACGAGAGAAUUUGUGUCAAGUAUGCGGAACGAACCCUUCAAAGGAGAAGUUGGGAACGUAUUCUUAAUUGGAACGAGAUAUUCAGGGAGUACAAGUCAUCGUCCAACCCGAUGAAAGAGAAUUACUUGCUGAGCGUCUUUAUGGGCGACAUUAUUGGCAGUCCGAAGCUAUGUCACUUAUUGGCGAAGAGAGGCAGAGCCUGCGAUAAUGCCACUUUGUCAGAUUAGUUAAAAGCGUGAUGCAAAGUACUUGAAUCUUUUUGUUAAGUCAUAAAUCUUGAUGCCAUAAAUAUAACUGCUCAUAUUUACAAAAUAAAUAAUAAUGAUCUAUUAUUUUCGUGUAAAAUAUCGAUUCAUAGAUUGGUAUCACAAUCUCUUACGUUGAUUAUGUAAAAGAUACAUUUUCCUUUUUAUUAUCAAAUUAUUAUUUCUGAUUUAAAAAUUAUUAUUAUCGUUUUCAACAAGAAAAUUGUAAAUACAUAAAACGUCAUGAGAAACAUGUGAUUAUGUAAUAUAGCAAAUGUAUAAUCAUUUUAAUAUUUUAUUUAUAAAAUUAUAUAGAUUCAAAUAUGUCUUUCGCUUCACUUCGCAUGAUUUUGUAUUUCAUCCUUUAGCGUUUCUUCAAUUCGCUACAUGUCCAUGACAUAAAUAGUCAUCAAUGUAUAUCGUUAUGUGAUGCGUCAUUGCAUGCAAUUCGCUGUUAUUAUGUGAAAAUAAAUCGUUUGACAUUUAAGGAACCGUA